CAUCCACCAGUAUGAAGGUCUUUGCUGUCUUGCUUCUGGCCAUCGCCUCCGCUUCCGCUGGGAUCUUUCCCCAGAUUGCUCCUGUGCAUCCCCGUGACAGGACUCCGGUUGCCUCCAUCAAUGGUCGCAUAACCAAUGGCAGAAACGCCGUGGCCGACCAGUUUCCCUACCAGGUGGGACUCAGCUUCACCGGCUCCGAGGGCAGCUGGUGGUGCGGUGGAUCCAUCAUCGACAAUUCCUGGGUGCUGACAGCUGCCCACUGCACCAGCGGUGCCUCCUCCGUGACGAUCUACUAUGGAGCCACCGUGCGCACCAGUCCCCAGUUCACCCAAACUCUGUCCAGCUCGAGCUUCAUCCAGCACGCCAACUACAUCUCGCUGACCGUUCGCAACGACAUCUCCCUGAUCAAAACUCCGUCCGUGACCUUCUCGGCCUCCGUUAACAAGAUCGCCCUGCCCGCCAUCGCCAGCAGCUACUCCUCGUACGUGGGACAGACCGCCGUGGCUUCUGGAUGGGGACUCACCUCCGACUCCGCCACCGCCGUGGCCAGGAACCUCCAGUACACCGACCUCACCGUCAUAGAGAACUCCGUUUGCCAAAAGUCCUUUAGCAGCCUGAUCGUGACCAGCCGGGUGAUCUGCGUAGCCACUCCCAAGGGCACCUCCACCUGCCAGGGAGACUCUGGUGGUCCUCUGGCCCUGGAUGGCACCCUCAUCGGCAUCACCUCCUUCGGAUCUCCUGACGGUUGCGAGGUGGGAGAGCCUGCCGCCUUCACCCGGGUGACCAGCUACCUGGACUGGAUCAAGGAGAACUCCGGAGUUUCGGCUUGAGAGCCACAUACUUUUGAAACUUUUGUAACUUUCUUUUCUAAAUAAAACCAGAACAUUCUGAAAAUUUUCACUUCUA